UGAAGGGGAGACUUGAUGCUCCAUUGCAUUGCACUGCGUAUAUGUUGAAUCCACACUACAGUUAUGUUGAUGAGUCCAUAUUUGAUGAUGGAAACAUCACCACAUCAUUCAUGGAUUGUGUUGAGACAUUUUACAGUGGCGAUGAUGACAAGCAAGAUCAGGUUGUGAAUUAUGAAUUUCAGAAGUUUCAAAAGAGAGAAGGCGCCUUUGGGAAGAAACUUGCAAGGACUUGUCAAAACUUCGAUUAUAAUCCUGUUGCUUGGUGGAGAAUGUAUGGAGUUGACACACCAAAUUUACAAAAAAUGGCUAUGAGGAUUCUUUCAUUGACCUCAAGUUCUUCUGGCUGUGAGAGAAACUGGAGUACUUUUGAAUACAUACCAAGAGAAGGAAUAGACUUACAACAGAUCGUCUCAAUCAAUUGGUGUACAUACAAUUCAACUCAAGGUUGUUGUCCAAGAAGAAGAAGAUAAAGGAA